CACAGAACAAAACUCCUCCAGAGAGCAACAGCAACCACAGCAGAACCACUGAAGCUAAAAUCUAGCUUUGACCAAAGCCAGGACAGAACCUUACAACGGGAUCGCCUCGAUCAGACCACGCUCCGAGACUCUGCUGCGACAAGAUCCGGGAGAGAUUCGUAGACUUUUCGGAAGGUUUUUCGUUUGUUUUUCGUUAGUUUUCUCGUUUGUUUUAGCCUUGCUGAGAGCGCAGCUGAGCAAAUCAGUCAUGUCUGCGGGAAUGAACACGCUGAAGAGCAGCGCUCUGCUGUGCCUCACGUUCUUCUGCUGGGCCUCGGCCCAGGAGUGCAGCAGCCGGUGCAACUGCCCCGUUGUCCCACCCCAGUGUGCCCCCGGGGUAAGCCUGGUGCCGGACGCCUGCGGCUGCUGCAGAGUGUGCGCCAAGCAGCUGGGUGAGCUCUGUGGCGAGCGGGACGUCUGCGACCCCCACAAGGGGCUGUUCUGCGACUUCGGCUCGCCGGUUAACCGCCGCAUCGGUGUCUGCACAGCUAAAGAAGGCGCCACCUGCCUGUUCGGAGGAAUGGUGUACAGGAGCGGCGAGUCCUUCCAGAGCAGCUGUAAAUACCAGUGCACCUGCCUGGAUGGCGCCAUAGGCUGCGUCCCGCUCUGCAGCAUCGACGUGCGCCUGCCCAGCCCCGACUGCCCCGUGCCCCGGCGGGUCAAGGUCCCCGGGAAGUGCUGCGAGGAAUGGGUGUGUGACGCUCCACACCAGCAGACCUUCGUAGGCCCUGCUCUUCCCGCCUACAGAGAAGAAGAUACCUAUGGGCCUGACCCUUCUCUGAUGCGGGACAACUGCUUGGUCCAGACCACCGAGUGGAGCGCCUGCUCCAAGUCCUGUGGCCUGGGCAUCUCCACCCGGGUCACCAAUGACAACCGCGAGUGCCGGCUGGAGAAGCAGUCCCGCCUGUGCAUGGUCCGCCCCUGCGAGUCACACCUGGAGCAGAGCAUCAGGAAAGGGAAGAAGUGCAUCCGGACCCCCAGAGUCUCCAAGCCCAUGAAGUUCGAGCUCUCCGGCUGCACCACCACCAAGUCCUACCUGCCCAAGUUCUGCGGCGUGUGCACGGACGGCCGCUGCUGCACCCCUCACCGGACCGCCACCCUGCCCAUGGAGUUCAAGUGCCCCGACGGCCAGGUCAUGAAGAAGCAGAUGAUGUUCGUCAAGACGUGCGCCUGCCACUACAACUGCCCCAGCGAGAACGACGUCUUCGAGUCCAUGUACUACAAGAAAAUGCUGGGCGACAUGGCGUGAAAGUGCCCCCCCUCCCCCCGCCGGGGAAACAGACGAAAGAACAACAACUGUUCACUUGAAUCUGACAGAUAACCAUCUCAUUUGCAGCACAAUACUUUUUUGUUACUUGGUAUGUUCCUUUUAAUAUGCAUUGUCUAUUUUUAUGAAGACACAAAACUAUACGAUUAUAUAAAGCGCAUGUGUAAAAGUGUAUAGACUGAGGUGUGGGGCUAGUCGCCUUACAGAAUAUUGACGGGGGGCUGUGCUGCAGCCUCUGUGACAAUACUGCACUAUAGAUUUACGCAGUGACGACCCUAUGCUGUCACAAGCUGGUAGGUGUUAGUUUUCUCCCCCUUGAGCUGUGGUGGCCAGCCGACAGACUUGUCCGGCUUUGAGACUCAGAGCACUUGCAAUGCGGAGGGUGAAGAUUUUAACCCCAAAGAGAAGCGUAAAUGCCGUACCCACCAGCAAGCCCGUUGAAUGUGCUCUCGUUAUCCAGUGCCCAUUCCCCUCACUGUUGGGGGAUAGUCUCUGUUAUAGUGUUGACGACAACAAGCUGUAGUUGCAGCGUCUGCUGACCAAACAGACAUUGCCUGAGACAAGGAGCAAGGCAAACGUGCUUCAAGGGUUUGCUACAGCACUGAAGGAAAGGAUGCUAGACUUUGACUGACUGAUUUAGGUAAUUGGAAAGAAAUCAGUAUUUUGUCAGAAACAAAAGAGACUGGAUGAUUUAUGGCUUCAUUCCUUUAUGAUAAAAAUGCUGUAAAUAUUGUACAUAUUUUUGUACAGUUGACUAAGUUAAUUUAAGGUAAAAGCAUUUGUCUGUCUUCUGGCUUUGAUAUGUUUAUUGUUAGUUGUUUUAUGUUUAUUGCUUUUUUGCUGAGAUAACUGUUCUUAAUGACAGUUUUGUGUAAUAUUUUAUUGAGAAGUGUGACCAAAAUGUUACAUGUUUUCAUUUUUGUAGUUUCAAAUAAAAUUAUUAUAUUUUUAUACAAAGA